GGGCUCACAGGGGGGGGGGCUCUCAGGGCGCCUCCCGGGGCUCCGUCCCGCCGAUCCCGGGGAGUUCACGCUCCGAGCGUUCCGCCGGGGGAAGCUGGACCUGACGGCGGCCGAGGGCCUGGGGGACCUGAUCCGGGCCGAGACGGAGGCGCAGCGGCGGCAGGCGCUGAGGCAGAUGGAGGGCGAGCUGGGCCAGCUCUACCAGCGCUGGAGCGACACCCUCACCCAGGCGCUCGCCCACCUCGAAGCCUACAUCGACUUCAGCGAGGACGACAACGUGGAGGAGGAGGUUCUGUCCCAAGUGGAUGACGCUGUGCGGGCGCUGGAGCGGGAGAUCGGGGCCCACCUGCGGGACGGGCGCCGGGGGGAGCUGCUGCGGGGGGGGGUCCGCGCCGUCAUCGCCGGGCCCCCCAACGUGGGCAAGAGCAGCCUCCUCAACCUGCUGUGCCGGCGCCCGGCCGCCAUCGUGUCACCGGUGGCGGGGACAACGCGGGAUGUGGUGGAGGUGGCCCUGGACAUCGGGGGGUACCCCCUGGUGCUGAGCGACACGGCCGGGCUGCGCCAGACCACCGACCUGGUGGAACGGGAGGGCGUCGCCCGCGCGCGGGACCGGCUGUGCCAGGCCGACCUGGUGCUGGCUGUGCUGGAUGCCAGCACGGUGCCCCCUGAGCCGGCGGGACUGGGGGCUGCGCUGGGGGCCCUGCAGCCCCCUCCCAGCACCCCCUGCAUCCUGGUGCUCAACAAGGCCGACCUGCUGCAGGGGGACGGGGGUCCCCUGCGCCACGGCUUCGCCCAGGGACCCCCCCUGCCUCCCACCACCCUCCUCUCCUGCAAGACGGGCGAGGGGCUCGACCGGCUCCUGGAGCUGCUGGCGCGGGAGCUGGCGCGGCUGUGCGGGGACCCCCUGUGCGGCUCUCCCAGCCUGACCCAGAGCCGGCACAGCCGGCACCUGGGGGGCUGCGCGGCGGCGCUGGCGCGGUUCGGGCGGGAGCGCCCGCGGGACCUGGCGCUGGCGGCCGAGCAGCUGCGGCUGGCGCGGCGGGAGCUGGGCCGGAUCACCGGCCACGUGGGUGCCGAGGACGUCCUGGACAUCAUCUUCAGGGAUUUCUGCGUGGGGAAGUGAGGGAUGCGCCCCGGGGGUCCCCCUUUGCCGCGCUGGGGGUGGCGGGCAGGGAGCGCCGGGCUCCCCGUGCCGGGAUUAAACCGUGGUGCCUUCGGUG